AGAAAAAAACAGAGACGUCCUGAAUUAGCACAUAUAUACAUACACACGAGAUGUAUACAAGUCAGCCACUGCUCGGACGCCUCGGACUAGCAGCCGCCACCAAGAUCGUUGCUUGGAAGGCGGCUGCGAACAUGUCGACGGCCACCCCAUCGCCGCCGUACGAGAAGCUUCUGAGCUUGGGAACCAAGAUCGUCGCCGUCGGCCGUAACUACGCCGCUCACGCCAAAGAACUCGGCAACGCCGUUCCCAAGGAACCGGUGUUGUUUCUGAAGCCGACGUCGUCUUACUUGGAAAAUGGCGGGAUGAUUGAGAUUCCAGAGCCGUUGGAGUCGUUGGAUCAUGAGGUGGAGCUUGCAGUUGUAAUCAGUAAAAAAGCUCGUGAUGUUCCAGAGGCCACUGCUAUGGACUAUGUUGGAGGUUAUGCACUUGGACUUGAUAUGACUGCCAGGGAAAUUCAAGCUUCUGCAAAGGUAUCUCUUUUUCAUUACAUAUGCCAGUCUGCAGGUCUUCCAUGGACUAAAGCCAAAGGGCAGGACACGUUCACACCAAUUAGCUUUGUUCUACCCAAAUCCGUUGUGCUCGACCCUCAUAACCUAGAAUUGUGGUUAAAGGUAGAUGGAGAGAUUCGACAGAAAGGCUCAACAGAGGAUAUGAUAUUUAAGAUCCCUUAUCUGAUUAGCCACAUAAGCUCCAUUAUGACUCUUCUUGAAGGAGAUGUUAUUCUAACAGGCACACCUCAAGGCUGUGGCCCCGUCAAAGCAGGGCAAAAGAUUACUGCUGGCAUAACAGGCCUCCUGGAUGUUCAUUUUGAUGUUGGACACCGCAAACGGCCUUAGAGCAAUUGAGGUAAAGGCAUCCACGAGAUGCUGUGGCUGGGCAGCUAGUGUAGUGUAGCAAUGCGUUGCAACUACUUAAUUCUAAUGUCAACAAUGCGGUUGAUGCCAGGUAAUCCAAGCUUUGAUUUCAUAGAAUGAUAGUAUUUGUUUUCUCAAUGUAGGGCAACACCAAAUAAACUUGUUGAUUGUCAUUCUACUUGAGCCCCUUACCAUGGAGAUCAAUAUAGUUGCCUGAAGAACUUUUGUACUUGGCUUCACAUUUUUCAUGUACAAUAAUCAAAAUGCUCUCCUGGAGUUGACAUGCAAGCUAUUUAUGUACUAGUGAAUAUGAAUUCUGUUAUCUAGGGCA